CACGGUUAGCAGGAGGGGGAGGAUUUCCGGGAGACGAAUUAUCACGAGGUUCAUCAGAAGGAGCAGGCAAAGGGGGCGAACUUUUUUGUUGGGCUCAAAACAACCCUCCCCCGACUACCAAAACUAUUGCGGUUAUGCCACUAAUUAGAUAA